AUGCUCGGCCAAUCUCCUCACCUUAUCGGGGGCAUCUUGUGGAUCCAGAAUCCAAUGAGAGCUGUUCACUGCAACCUGAGCCAGAAUGGCAUCGACCACCAGAUGUGCCCAGAAGACAUGACAUCACAACUGGAGGAAGAGGAGGAGUCCGUGGACGCUGGAGCUGUGCUGCUGGACGACGACAGCCCGAGCUACCAGGACAUCAGCCCUCCCAUGUACCAGCGCCGUUCACCGCCACACCGAUCUGUCUCUGAAUCUGAGCUGAGUCGGCCAGGAUAUGUGAAGCUGUCCAAGCCGGUGGCCUUGUGGACCCAACAGGAUGUGUGCAAAUGGCUGAAGAAACACUGUCCCAAUCAGCACCAGAUCUACAGCGACUCCUUCAAACAACACGACAUCACAGGGCGGGCUCUGAUGAGAUUGACAGACAGGAAGCUGGAGAGAAUGGGUAUCAUGCAGGAAGCCCAGAGGCAGCACAUCCUGCAGCAGGUCCUGCAGCUCCGUGUGCGGGAGGAAGUCAGGACCCUUCAACUUCUCACACAAGGUAUAACCAGCUCUCAAUCUGGCAACUGUGCCAAGAUGUCCGAGGACGUGCCCAAACUGGCUCAGCCCGUAGUCUCCCAGUACCUGUGA